AUGAAUAGUCUUAACAUACGCACCUUGUUGUUCGAAGUCAAAAUAUUUCAACCAACACGACAAUAUAUUCAAUUUCAACCUUCGCAACUUUUAUAUACUCGUCAUUUUAACGCGGCAAGUUGUCGUUGUUAUCCAAGUAUCGUGGAACAAACUAGUAAUACUGGUCAAUUAUAUUAUAAACAAUAUCAAACUAAACAUAGUUCUUCUAAUUCAUUACCAAAUAAAAAUGCAUUUAUUCAAGCAUUACGCAAACAAUUUGAUGAUGUUAAAAUAAAUCAGAGAAUUGAUAAAGAAAAAAUUAAAUUAAAAUCGCAAAAAGAAGUAGUGAAAGCAAUUGGAUUAAUUAAUGAAAUGAUAACAAGAAACACAUUGACUUAUUUAACGUCAUCACAAAUUUUAUCAUUUUAUAUAAAUUUUAAUUCAUUGUAUUCUACUAAACCAUUUUAUUUGAAUUUAAUUUCUUAUUUAUUACGUCAAUGUGCUAAAUAUGAUAGAUUAGAUUUAGUUAACAUUAUCUUUGCCAGAUUUAUUUAUGAUGUUGAUAUGAGCACAAGAAAGUAUUUACUUGGCGCUCUUGUUAUUAAAGUUUGGAAUGUUAUGUUUAAAAUAUACGCUGAUAAGGGACGACCUGAGGAAGUUAUUGGUAUGUAUAGGACGAUGUGCCAAUAUGGCACCUUGCCUAAUGUUCAAACAUAUUCAACACUAAUAAAAUCCGCAGCAAAAGCAAAUGUUCCAUAUGAAUGUUUUGAAUUUUUAGAGAAAAUUAUAUCAAAAGGUGAAAAAACCAAUUCGGAAACUUUAAAUUCUCUUUUACAAGCAUGCAUUUCUUCGGAGGAUCCAAGUAUAAAAGCAAAUGUAAAUAUGAUUCUUGAUUUAAUGUCAUAUUGGAAAGUUGGACCAAACGGUAAAACAUUUCUAAUUUUAUUACAACAUUGUAAAAGUUAUGAAGAAUUGGAAGUUAUUUGGACCAAGAUAUUAAAAUAUGGUUUAUGCAACAACAGGCAAUUACAAGAGAGGAUUAUAAAGAUUUGUUGUACACAACUUUCUUUCGAUGAGAAUAAUGAUUCAACUAUAAGAAUGUCAAAAUAUCGAUCAUAUACUUGGAGAUUAAUUGAAGGGAUAUUUUCUAAACCAAAAACAAUAAUAUUACCAAAAUCAUUAUUAAAUUCGAUGAUUUUGACUUUAGGAAGAUUACGUGAUAUUCGAGGUAUUAUGGAAUUCUAUCAGGAAAAGAUUGAUUUCUUUGACAAAAAUUACAAUAGAUUGUUGUUAGACAAGAAUCAUAAUCCUUUGGGAAAGAUAUUUAUGUUUAGGACGAAACAUGUCCCCAUGGAUGUAAAAUUAUUUAAUAUUUUUAUGAGAGCGAUAUCAGAUUGUAAAUAUGGUCCGCUAAGUUGUGCGGAAUUUAUUCAACAUACUUCGAUUGGACUUCGACCAAAUCAUAUUAGUGUAAAGUACUUAUUUGCUUCUAUACAAUCUAAAUAUGACUUUAAAUUAUUUGGAUCAGCGUUAUUUCAACUUAUUAUUAACCAAGGAAUCAUUAUUAGUAAAGAUUUAUGGGAGGAUGUAAUAAGAAAUACCAUACAAAAUAUAUCGAAAAGUGAACGGAUAAAGAUGGAUUAUAGAACCGAUGUAAUCAUUAAAUAUUUGGUCAAUGAAAUCAUUAAUGUGCAAGAAGGAAAAGAUUUAUUUGAUUGUCUUAAUAAAUUAGAAAUGUCAUAA